GGCAGUGUGCUGUGAUCAGUAAGGUCAGCUGACACGCGUGAGUGGUUGCUUGCCUUCCAAGAUGGCGCCCGUUCAAGGAGAUCUGAUGAUGGAGCUCGCUGCUGCAAAAGAACAUACUGCAGCGGUUGUGAGAGAUUAUAUUUCCCAACCAAGGCUGGUUUACAAAACAGUCUCUGGUGUCAAUGGUCCUUUGGUUAUCCUUGACCAAGUUAAGUUUCCAAAAUUUGCCGAAAUUGUUACAUUGACAUUGCCAGAUGGAACCAGAAGGAGUGGUCAGGUUCUUGAAGUUAGUGGUUCAAAAGCUGUUGUGCAGGUUUUUGAAGGAACUAGUGGUAUUGAUGCAAAGCAUACAACUUGCGAAUUUACUGGUGAUAUCUUACGUACACCUGUUUCUGAAGACAUGCUUGGUAGAGUUUUCAAUGGAUCUGGCAAGGCCAUUGACAAAGGACCUCCAGUUUUAGCAGAAGAUUUUCUAGAUAUUAUGGGUCAACCAAUUAAUCCUUGGUCAAGGAUUUAUCCUGAAGAAAUGAUUCAAACUGGUAUUUCUGCAAUUGAUACCAUGAACAGCAUUGCUCGUGGACAGAAAAUUCCAAUCUUCUCAGCAGCUGGUCUCCCACAUAACGAGAUUGCUGCUCAAAUUUGUCGUCAAGCUGGUUUGGUUAAGCACAAAAAAGGAGUCAUGGAUGACCAUGAUGACAAUUUUGCCAUUGUUUUCGCUGCAAUGGGUGUCAACAUGGAGAUUGCUAGAUUCUUUAAGCAGGAUUUCGAAGAAAAUGGCUCCAUGGAAAACGUUUGCUUGUUCUUGAAUCUUGCCAAUGACCCAACAAUCGAAAGGAUCAUUACUCCAAGACUUGCCCUGACUGCCGCUGAAUUCCUGGCAUACCAAUGCGAAAAGCACGUUCUUGUUAUUCUCACUGAUAUGAGCUCCUACGCUGAAGCUCUUCGUGAGGUUUCUGCUGCAAGAGAAGAAGUACCUGGCCGUCGUGGUUUCCCUGGUUACAUGUACACAGAUUUAGCCACCAUCUAUGAGCGGGCUGGUCGAGUUGAAGGAAGAAAUGGUUCGAUCACACAAAUUCCAAUUUUGACUAUGCCUAACGACGAUAUUACCCAUCCUAUUCCUGAUUUGACCGGAUAUAUUACUGAAGGACAGGUUUAUGUUGAUAGGCAGCUUCAUAACAGACAGGUCUAUCCUCCGAUCAAUGUGCUUCCAUCAUUGUCACGUUUGAUGAAGUCAGCUAUUGGUGAAGGAAUGACUCGCAAGGACCAUGCUGAUGUCUCAAAUCAAUUGUAUGCAAAUUACGCCAUUGGCAAAGACGUGCAAGCAAUGAAAGCUGUUGUUGGUGAAGAAGCUUUAACUCCAGAUGAUUUACUUUACCUCGAGUUUUUGCAGAAGUUUGAAAAGAAUUUCAUCAGUCAAGGCACUUACGAAAACAGAACCGUUUUUGAAUCCUUGGAUAUCGGAUGGUCUUUGCUGCGAAUUUUCCCCAAGGAAAUGUUGAAAAGAAUUCCACAAUCGAUUCUUAAUGAGUAUUACCCAAGGGACGGAAGCAGAAGAAAACAAGAGGAACAAUCAUAAUUGAUGAAAUUAAGAAGGGAUUGCACAAUUAAAUGCGUCAAUAAUGGAACAGGGAUCUACCAUGUUUGUAAACUUUCUUUGAUGAUAGAAGAAAUUGCUAAAUAUAUUUAUGUUACUAGAAUUUUUCUUCCUUUGUGUACCCGUAAAUUAGAUGAUUUAUAAUUUUUUAUAUUACUUGAUCUUUUUUCUAGUAGCAGUGCUAGAUUUAAAGAAAAUACUGAAUAAAAUUUGAGAAAUUAUUAUUACCA